UUCCUAGUGACAGUUUCAGCGGCAGUAGCCAUUGGCUGUGCUGUUGAUUGGGGCAGGAGGACCGAGUCACCUUUCUGAUGGUGAGUUCUGCAUCAGCUCAGGAGGAGGAGAGGAGGAGCGGCAGCCGGGCUCCGGCUCAGGUGGAGGCAGUGAUACUGAGAGGAUGUGAGGAAUAUGCCGCCUGCACGCUCGUGUCUGCAGCACCGUGAGGCGAACUUCGGCAUCAGGCAGCUGAUGAGAGGGAAUGUAGGUGAGGAACAUCGCCUCUUCCCGGACCAGCAGAAACUAGUCUGUGAUAAAUGGAACUCGGAACGUCCAAGGAAGAAAAUCCGGUGGCUGUUAUAAACGAAGAGGAACUUCCCCGAAUAACUUGGUUGUGCACCAGGGAAUGAGCAACUUUCCGAAGAAUGCUCUCUAUUAAGCUGCUGCAUAGUUCCUGAGGGGAAGGCUUUGCUUCCAAACGCCUGUCACUUCUUCACAAGGUAUGACAACAAAGACUGACAAGAGACUCGUUGAAAUGCGUGUGCUUUAAGAAAGACCUUUUGACAAAAUGUGAGCCUGGUAUCAGAAUGACCUUGGAAGCCUUUUGGAUGGGUUCUCUCCUGCCAGCCUUUCAGUGUUCCAAACUCUAAGGAUUUCAACUCCUUAUGUUUCCUGAGAGGUAUUUCAAAAACAAGAGCAUCUUAUGAUUUAUCAAAUGGCCCCCAUAUUAAUUGAGUGCUUGCUCAAAAUAGACUGCAGAAAUAGAAGAAGCGUUUUCUUAGCAUAUGGCUACAAUAUAACUGCAAAUAUAACAAGCAAGAUUUAAGUUUUCAUAGUGCAAGGUAAUAAAUGCAUUUUAUCUAGAAGUGCCUUGUCUCUGCAAAAACAAAAAAAAAAGUUGUCUAAGAACUCUGGAAGAAGCUGACUUUCCCCGUCUCCUCUCUCCUCCCCCCCGGCACCCCCGCCUCCCAAAAGCUGAGGUGUGUCACGGCUGCACGGAGGCGACGAAGAGCCUUGAGUACUCUCUGGGAUGCUCAUCUGUGACAGAAGCGUCCCCGCUGCCUCCCGAGACCCUCGUGUGCUGCGUGACAGAUGCUGGGCAGGGGACCGGUUUGCUGUAGCCGAGGCUGCAGGCUACAUCCCACGCCAUGAAUGAAACCACCUGGGCCGGAGGGAAGACCCUGAACACGAGCAGCGGCCCCGUGAACGUGUCCGAGCAUCAUGCGUGCCCGCUGGGCUUCGGCCACUACAGCGCGGUGGACGUGUGCAUCUUUGAGAUGGUCGUGAUCGUCCUGCUGACCUUCUUGAUCAUCGCCGGGAACUUGACGGUCAUCUUCGUCUUCCACUGUGCCCCGCUCCUGCACCACUACACCACCAGCUACUUCAUCCAGACAAUGGCCUACGCUGACCUCUUUGUCGGGGUCAGCUGCCUGGUGCCCACCCUCUCGCUGCUCCACUACUCCACGGGAAUCCACGAGUCUCUCACCUGCCAGGUGUUCGGAUAUAUCAUCUCCGUCCUGAAAAGUGUGUCCAUGGCGUGUCUGGCUUGCAUCAGCGUGGACCGCUACCUCGCCAUCACCAAGCCCCUGUCCUACAACCAGCUGGUCACCCCUUGUCGCCUGAGAAUUUGCAUCGUUUUAAUCUGGAUCUACUCCUGCCUCAUCUUCUUGCCUUCCUUUUUCGGCUGGGGGAAACCUGGUUACCAUGGUGACAUUUUUGAGUGGUGUGCCACCUCUUGGCUCACCAGUGCCUACUUCACGGGCUUUAUCGUCUGUUUACUUUAUGCUCCUGCUGCCUUGGUGGUCUGCUUCACGUACUUCCACAUCUUCAAAAUCUGUCGGCAGCACACCAAAGAGAUAAAUGACCGGAGGGCCCGGUUCCCCAGCCACGAGGUGGACGCCUCCGGAGAGACGGGUCACAGCCCCGACCGUCGCUACGCCAUGGUUUUAUUUAGAAUCACUAGUGUCUUCUACAUGCUCUGGCUCCCCUAUAUCAUUUAUUUCCUUCUAGAGAGCUCGCGGGUCCUGGACAACCCAGCGCUGUCCUUCCUGACCACCUGGCUCGCCAUCAGCAACAGCUUCUGUAACUGUGUCAUCUACAGUCUUUCCAACAGCGUCUUCCGGCUCGGCCUCCGAAGGCUGUCAGAGACCAUGUGCUCAUCAUGUAUGUGUCUGAGAGACCGGGAAGCACGAGACCCAAAGCCUCGGAAGCGGGCUAAUUCCUGCUCCAUUUGAAGAGACACACAGGACAUCCGGUGUCACCGGACCACGGUUUGGGCUGGGAUCCUCGCUGCAUCUGGAAAUCUGCCACUAGGCAAAUACUUCCUUGAAGAGUUGACUAUGAGCUGAAGGGACUAAAGCGUUCUCUCCCCCCCUCACCCUCACCUUUGCCCUUUUCAUGGAAAAAAGAAACUUAAGGGAUGUGUAGAGAGUAAACUCAUGAGAUAAUUACAGCGUGUGAGUAUAAAUGUCCAGCAGAGGGGAAAAUUCAGCGCUGAGGAUGCGAACAUGAUCUCAAAUCUUCCACGGGACAAGGAGCAAAGACCCCCCCCCCUGGUCUUUCUUUGUCUCUCUGGCUGAAUUCUCUCCCGUGUCUGGGUCUCUUCUCUGUCUCUAAUGCCCUGACUCUCUUUGUGUUUUUGGAAGUUGAUCCAUAAAUUGCCCAUUAUAGAAAAGUGCUACAUACGUGUAUGUGGCAGAGUAAGUACACUAAUGCAGAGUAUAUGAGUGUAUUUCAUGCCUAUCUUUUGCAUCAAGGUGGGCAUGCAGUACACUGAUCUGUAAUCCACGAGUGUCCAAUUUCCGGAGUCUGCUUAGUAAGCCUUGUAGUUCUGUCCCUGCCACAUGGUACGUUGCUUAUGUUUUUAUAUCACGCACAGCAUACAUCUUCUGCUACGAACAACAAAAAAAAAAAGCAGUAAUUUUGUUUCUUCUAGGUAAAAUGAUCCAUGUGUUAUUUUUUCCCCUCCCCUCUUCUAACAGCCUCCUGUUUUUAUUAUUUUUUUUCCUCUUCAUUUUUCUUGAUUGCUUUUCCUUGGUACCUUCAUCUAGAAGUAUCUUAGCUGAUUAAAGAAUCGGCUUUAUAGAGCAAUCAUAGUAUUAAUAAUUUUAUCCCUUCCAACAAGGCAAUCUAUAGCUUGUUUGGAAGAGUGUAUUAAAUAUUUGUGAUGACUCCUGAAAAAAUUUUUUGUUCAGAUUUAUUUAAAAUUAGCUCCUGUGUCCAAAGUGUUGUCUUCCCUUCCUACCCUCUCCCCCAUUUUAAAGCUUUGGUUUCUUGAAGAAAAUCCUCAGAUUUUUCCAGUAUAAUUGCAGUAUACUUACUCAGAAAUGUCACCCUUAAAGCUACUAUUUUUUUUUUAGUGAAAUAUUACCCUUUUUUGUGGUAGGUCUACAAAGCUUUCUGUUAAUGCCCACUAAUCAUUUGUGUGAUAUGCAUUUGCAUAUACUAUAUUUUUUACAACAAAAAAUGUAAAUUAUGUAUCUGUGCCUAAUGUUUUCUUAGCAUUAUAUAUAGAUCAAUGUUGCUUAAAUGACCAACAUUGGAAAAAGUAUACAGAAACUCUUUUAAGGGAAAAAAAUACUUUUGUGUAGUUGUUAUUUAGGUAUUUAUAUUAGAACAAGCUGCAUUCUUAGUGCUGCUGAGAAAAUAAUAUACUAAUCGAAUACAGGUAACGGCUGUCAGUAUUUUCUUUUGUAAUGAUGUUUCCAGGUUCAGAGAUCAAAUUAAUUUAUUUUUUAGUGUGCUACAUGAAAGUGUUUAAAUUUUCAGGUGUUUAGAUGUAGCAAAAUGGCAUUUUGAGGAUUGAUGCAGGUAUGGACAGCAAAACAUCUGAAUCUUACUUUUUUUUUAACCAUAAAUUUCUUGCCUGACAAGUAUUUUAAAGUUUAUAUCAUACUACUGAGUAUUUUCCUUCUCAGCAUUUUUGAUUUGUUUCAUGAGAUGCAUUUAAUGAACUGUGCCUAUGACCACAUUGGGCACCUACCCUGUUGCACACUGGGGGUUUGACUUUAGAGGUCCUUUAACAGAAAUGUUAGCAUUUUAUUGAAGUUAUUUUGAACCCUGUGUAUUUUUAAACAUGUAAGAUAGAUUUCGAUGAAAAAUAAAAUAGUAUUCUAUAUCUCACAA